AUGUCCGAUACCAAGACUAAAACCGAAGCAACGGCAUCAACGACCGAAACGGAUAAACAACACGAUGACUAUGCUACCGGAGAUACCCACGAUAUUGGCGCUGGUCUAUAUGCAGAAGCUGCUCAGUUUACAGCUGAAGAAUUGGAAGAAGAGGGAGCUCGAGUGCGCAAGAUACUGGAUUGGCGGAUUAUGCCUAUUCUCUAUGUUACCUACGUUAUACAAUUCCUGGACAAACUAUCCCUAAACUACGCCUCCGCCUACACCCUAAUCCCCGACCUCGCGCUCCAAGGCCAGCGCUAUUCCUGGGUCGCAGCAAUCUUCAACUUUGGCUACCUAUUCUGGGCAAUCCCAGCGAAUCUGCUGAUCCAGCGCCUCCCAAUUGCCAAGUAUAUGGGUGGAAUGAUCUUGAUAUGGGCCGUUAUUCUGAUUGCACAUGUGGGAGCGAAGAAUUAUGCUGGGAUACUGGUUUUGCGGUUCUUGCUGGGGAUGGCUGAGGCGGGUGUCAGUCCGUGCAUGAUGACAAUAACAUCCAUGUUCUACAAACGCCCCGAACAACCCCUCCGCCUAGCCAUCUGGCUCAGCGGAAACGGUGUCGCAACAAUGCUCGGGGCCCUACUGGGAUUCGGCCUAGGACACACCCACAACACACAACUACACAGCUGGCAACUCAUCUUCCUCGCAUUCGGCCUCCUCAACUUUAUCUGCGGCUGCGUCUUCCUCUGGCUAAUGCCCGAUUCACCAAACACAGCCCACUUCCUCACCCACAAACAGCGCAUUGUUGCCGUCCAGCGCGUAGCAGCAAACAUGAUCGGCGUCAAAACCAAAGAACUCAAACCCCGCCAAGCCCUCGAAAUCGCCUACGACCUCAAAGUCCUCUCCUGCAUAGCCGUCGGAAUAGCAUGCGGCAUAAUCAACGGCGGCGUCUCCAACUUCGCCUCCGCCCUAAUCAAAGGCUACGGCUUCAGCGGCAUCAACGCAACCCUCCUCCAACUCCCCACCGGCGCUUUCGAAGCCCUUAUCGUGCCCCUCUGCGGCCUAAUCGCAACCUUCAUCCCAAACUCCCGCUGCGCCGUCCUCGCGGGUGUCUGUCUCAUCCCGUUUGGUGGGUUACUCGGGAUCCGCUUCACGGGGCUGGACCAACGCUGGACGCUGGUGGGGUGUACAUGGUUGCAGUAUAUCGUGGGGGCGCCAGUGAUUAUCUCGUGGAAUAUACUGACGACGAAUGUGGCGGGGCAUACGAAGAGGUCUGUGGCUAAUGGGUUGUGGUUUACGAUGUAUGCGGCUGGGAAUGUGGCGGGGGCGAAUAUCUUCUUUGAAAGGGAGGCGCCGCGGUAUUACUCGGCGUUGGCGGGGUUGUUGGUUUGUUAUGCGGGGAUGGUGGUUUUGGCUGGGGUUAUGUAUGCGUCGAUGAGGGGGGAGAAUUGGAGGAGGGACAAGGACGGGGGUUCGGGCUUACAGGGGAGUUCGGGGGAUGGCGUUGAUGCUCAUGCGCAGGCGGUCUUGGAUGGGUUGAAGGAUUUGACUGAUAUGGAGUCGAAGCAUUUUCGGUAUGCGCUUUGA